UUUGACAUUCGGGGGGCCGAGGCGCGCGCGGGCACUCCGGACGGCCGGCGGUGGCGGCAGCCGCGCCCCCACGGUUCCGCGCUCGCUCCCGCGGACUCCCCGCCGCGCAGAGUCGGGCGGCCACGAGGCCCGGCCGCGUCGUCCCGCGCUUCUCAGCUCGGCGGCCGCAGCCAUGUCGCGGGGGCCGGAGGAGGUGAAGCGGCUCGCGGAGAGCACCUACCGGAAUGUCAUGGAACAAUUCAACCCUGGUCUUCGAAAUUUAAUAAAUCUAGGAAAAAAUUAUGAAAAAGCUGUAACUGCUAUGAUCCUGGCAGGAAAAGCCUACUACGAUGGAGUGGCCAAGAUUGGUGAGAUGGCCACUGGGUCACCUGUGUCAACAGAACUAGGCCAUGUUCUCAUCGAGAUUUCCAACACCCACAAGAUACUCAAUGAGAGCCUGGACGAAAAUUUCCGAAAAUUUCAUAAAGAGAUUAUCCAAGAGCUAGAGAAGAAGACAGAACUUGAUGUCAAAUACAUGAACGCGACCCUCAAAAGAUUCCAGACAGAACACAGGAGCAAACUAGAUUCCUUGGAGAAGUCACAAGCUGAGCUAAAGAAGAUCAGAAGGAAAAGCCAAGGAGGACGGAAUGCACUUAAAUAUGAACACAAAGAACUAGAGUAUGUAGAAACCGUUACUUCUCGGCAGAGUGAAGUCCAGAAAUUUAUUGCAGAUGGCUGCAAAGAAGCUCUUCUUGAAGAGAAAAGGCGUUUCUGCUUUCUGGUGGACAAACACUGCAGUUUUGCAAAUCACAUCCAUUACUAUCACUUGCAGUCUGCAGAAUUGCUUAAAUCCAAGCUGCCCAGGUGGCAGGAAACCUGUGGGGAUGCCACCAAAGUGCCUGAGAAAGUCAUGAACAUGAUCGAAGAAAUAAAGACCCCGAUCUCCACCCCAGUAUCUGGAACUCCACAGCCUUCACCAAUGAUUGAGAGAAGCAGCAUGGUUGGGAACAAUUAUGACACACUUUCUAAAUAUUCACCAAAGAUGCCCCCAGCUCCUUCAACCAAAGCCUACACCAGUCCUUUGAUCGAUAUGUUUAAUAAUCCAGCAACAGUUACACAGAAUCCAGAAAGGAUAAAUAAUUCAACAGACUCCUCCGAUGACCCCAGUUUGCAGCGGUCUGUGUCAGUUGCCACUGGACUGAACCUGAUGAAGAAGCAGAAAGUGAAGACCAUCUUCCCCCACACCGCCGGCACCAACCAGACGCUCCUGAGCUUUGCCCACGGAGACAUCAUCACCCUGCUCGUGUCGGAGGAGAAGGACGGCUGGCUGUAUGGGGAGCACGAUGGCACCAAAGUGAGGGGCUGGUUCCCGUCAUCCUACACCAAGUUGCUGGAAGAAAGCGAGAAGGAAACGGCAAGUGCGCCCCCACCCAGCUCGGCCCCUGUGAGAAGCAUCAGUACUGUGAACUUAUCGGAGAAAAGCAGCGUGGCCCUGCCCCCGCCGGAUUACGGGGAGAGUCUGGGUGAGAAGAAGGCAGGUGUCCCCCGGACCUCGCUCACCUUCAAAGGCCCGGCACCCAGGCCCGACGCACCCCCCCUGCCUAAUGAUGCCAAUGGGACCCCAAAGCCGCCUUUCCUCAGCGGAGAAAACCCCUUUGCUACUGUGAAGCUCCGGCCCACGGUGACAAAUGACCGCUCCGCACCCAUCAUUCGGUGAACAGGCAGCCGGGGACACCCCGGUAGGUUCCUCUGACAUCCGGCUCCCACCUGCGAAAUGAUCAUGAUCAACCUGCACCUGCCCCGUGAUCCGCCCGCCCCGGCUGAAAUGUAGCUGCCCCGACAGUCAGCGCUUCUCUCCCAGCUGCACUGGAGAUGAAUGAGUAUGUUAGUGAUCAGCUCGAUUGUUUCAAAUAGUUUCUCCCCAUUCUGUUUAAAAUGGCCAAUGUGGUUCCAAUCCGUGUAUCAUUGUUUGAAAUACCCUGAUUGUUUUUAUAGCCAAGGAAGGCUAGCCCAUGCUUCUGGCCGUCCAAGCACGUGCUCUGAAGUUGUGUUAUAUUCCUUGAAAGAAAAU